AGGCUCGAGGGCCGCAGAGCCCAGGGCCCGGCAGCGGGCUCUCGGGCCGCCUCUCAUCCAUCCCUGGGGGGGGGCUGCCUGGAGCCCCGGGGCGCCAUGAUCGACAGCCUCUUCCUCGUAUCCGGCAGCGGGAACCAUGUGCUGGAGAGGCACUUCCGCGGCACUACGCCGCGCAUCGUGUGCGAGCCGUUCAUGGAGCUGCUGCGCAGCAGCGACCGCCUCGAGGGCAUCCCCGGGGUGAUGUGCCGCGACCGGCGGCACGCCCUCAUCUCGGGCAGUGCCAAGGGGGUUGUGUUCCUCUGCAGGAGGAGCCGCCCCUGGCCGUCUUCGAGCUCCUGGAAAGGGUGCACCAUGUGCUGGCGCGGUACUUGGGCGACGUGAACGAAGACUCGCUGCGGCAGAACUUCUCUACGGUCUACCUCCUCUCGAGGAAGAGAACCCGAUGAUAGACAGCGGGCUGCCGUUCACCACCGAGCUCAACAGCCUGGAGUCGAUCAUCGCGCCGCCCUCGGCGCUCGGCAGGGUCGUCCAGGCGGUGGCCGGGAGCAGCACGGCGGUGCUGUCGGACGUGCCCCCGGAGGCCGGCGGCGGCCAGGCCGGCGGAGCCCUGGGGGCGCUGUCCACCGCCCUGGGAGCGGGGGCGCACACGCAGAUAGGCGGCGCCUCCGCCGAGGUGUGGUGGCGCCGGCAGAACGUAUCGUAUGCCUCCAACGAGGUGUACGUCGACAUCGUCGAGUCGAUCGACUGCAUCUGCAAUGGUAGUGGCAGCAUGGUCUCGGGCGGGAUCAAGGGGGACAUCCUGGUCAACAGCAAGUUGAGCGGGCUACCCGAGGUCCUCCUGACGCUGCGAAACCCCGGAGUGCUGCAGAACGUGUCCUUCCACCCGUGCGUGCGACUGCACCGCUACGAGCGGGAUCGGGCGCUGGCCUUUGUCCCCCCAGACGGCGAGUUCACCCUCGCCUCGUAUUGGAUCCCUGAUACGACCCUCGUCUUGCCGUUCAAUUUCAACGUAUCCCUCACGUAUCACCAGGAACACGCGAAGCUGCAGAUCGUGGCGAACCCCAAGCUGGCAGUGACGAUGCAGCACAAGCAGAUGUUGAUCGACAAGUUCUGUGUGAACGUCCGCCUGCCGUCUUCCAUUGCCUCUGCCACCUUGAACUGCCAAGGGGGAAGCAUCCGCUUCGACGAGGACUCCAAGGUGGUGGUGUGGAACAUCGGCAAACUCGCCGGCCAGGAGAACAAGGCGGACGCCACACUGAUAUACGCCACAGACCCCAGGGAUGGAUCUCCGAUAGUGCCCUCCGAAGAGAAGUCCACGUCACAGCUGCAUUUUGCGAUCAAGGGCUGGGCCAUCUCUGGCAUCCGGCUCGACGCCUGCGACGUAAGCGGCACCAAUUACACCCCCUACAAGGCCAGCAGGUACACAACGACCUCUGGCAGGAUGGACUUCCGGGUCGCCUAGGUCUCCUGAGUGCACCAUCCGUGUAGCAUGAGCGGCCGGAAAUGCGAGCAGGACGGAGAGGACUUGCCCUCCUGGCUUCGACACCCCUCCCGAAAGGUCGUUGAGACAAUAGGUUCCUUGGGUGUGGGGGCUGAGGACUA